AUGCCUCCAGUGCGGAAGUCAGCCCGCACCAAGGGCUCAAGGACCGUGUACUCCGAGGAUCCCAUGGUAUUAGAUGAUACCUCCAGCUCGGAUCUGGUUGAAGGUAUACCAAAGCCUAUGCCGGCAGCCCGUGGUUCUAAGCGAAAGUCAGCAAGAGUGAAGCAGGAAGAUUCUUCAGGUGGUGAAUAUGCACCCCGCACUGACGAACCUGAAGUCAAUGAAUUUCAGGAUGCGCUGGACGAUGAAGACGAAGACGAUGAACCCAGCGACCUCGGGAGUCAGGACGACGAGGAUAUGGAGGUGGACACGCCUCGCGGGAAGCCAAGGAGGGGCCAGCUAGCCAAAUCCCUUCCUGGACGCGACCCCGACGGCUCGAUGCGAAUGGAUCCGAACGAGACGCAUUCUCGCGGGAUCAUGGACCCGAAGAACCAUGUUUCAAAAUUCAUGCAUUACAUCUCAACAUUUGGUUCCGAUGAUCGUGACCUAGGGCCUAUUGUCCACUCGCGGGGCCGGUGGCGCUACAGUAGGGAUGCGACCUUUCCGUCGCGUGUGUCUCUGGAACAAUCUAGAGGAGAGUCAGACCUGCCACUUGGGCAAACUUUUGGCCUGAGCGAUGCAGAUAUGGAGAACGAAAGAACGAAAGCAUGGGACUGGUACUACAGCAAAGAGACUGGCGAGAAAUUUCGGACAGCCCAACGGACCGCAAAGAUCAAAGAGACCGAUGCAAACCUCAGAUACUUACCAAACCCCAAGCCAGGAAUGCAUACAGUCCUCUUGGGGCCAUCUAAUGCCCAAACGGAGUACCGUCUCAAAUGCCACGAUGCUCUCGAUAUCAGCGAGGCGUGGCCAGAUAAGAAGGUCAAAAGAACUAUGCCGAUCGAUGCUAAGAUGCGUGAGGGAUGGCUGAUCAGUGUGGGGCAUAAGGUCAACUGUAUGGCAUGGGCUCCGAACCAGGAUGGUAAUUUCCAGUAUUUGGCUGUCGCUUCCCCAAUUACAAACGAGCAAAAGGCGAAGGUUGAUGGGGAGUCUGAUCUAAAAUCAUCAUUCCGACCGUCUCCGCCAUACCCAAGUGCGCUCCAGAUAUGGGAAUUCAAGGGAAGGAAAGUCGCAUCUGUUACUCAUACUUUAGAUAUGUCUUUUCAACCACGUCUACGGCUCGUGAUAUGCUCUGAGUGGGGAGACCUACGGCGCAUGACUUGGUGCCCCGUGGAUCGUGAAAGUCGCAGCCAGGACAAAGACGGUGGCUUCAUAAACCUGGGCCUUUUGGCUACCAUUUGGGGAGACGGGAAAGUGCGGAUCCUGGAUGUAAAGAUUCGCCAUAAUCCCCACAAAGAAUAUAUCCACAUGACAUCGCCUGCCUUCGAGGCCAUCCCAAAAUCCACCAUUUGCACUUCGGUGGCUUGGCUCUCGCCUAGUGACAUUGCGGUCGGAUGUGCGAAUGGCUUUGCGGCCGUCUGGAGCAUCGUGCCAUCCUCUACAUCCAACCCUCAGCCGUACUUCUACCAGAGUUUACACAGCACUUAUGUGUUGAACAUCAUAUCGAUGUAUCCAACAAAUCCGCACCUUCUAGCUACAGUCAGCAUGGAUGGUGAUACCCGUCUUUGCUCUAUCAUUGACCCUCAAGGCGACACUUCCUCUACUGUCCGUGUCCGAACCCCCUCGGGUCAACUCACCUACUCCCCCAUUCUCCAAUCGGUUUGCGCUGGCGAUGACAACGAGAGUGGCCGAAUCAUGCCGGUACGAAGAUUCUUUGGCACGAACGCCACGGCGAAAGUUCCCAGCAGUAUCUCGUGCAUUUCGCCGUGUAGUUUCUGGCAUCCAAGUCUUCUCAGCGGAGGGACCGGUGGGGAGGUGCUUGCCAGCAAUCCCCUCCGAAGACUUCUUUACUCAAAAGAGAAACAAUGGCAACAGACAUGGUUCACACACGACUGGGUGCCCGACCAAAAAGGCCAAGGCCCCGGCAUCAGCAGAUUUUACGACGGGUUUCAAUCCGAAACCCAGGGGAGUGCCCGAGAUCGAACCAACGAGGGAAGACCUAGUGGCUUCACCAUCACUACCAUUUAUGAUGAAAACCAGCACGUCACAGCACUAGGGUGGAACCCGAACCGCUCUUGUGCGGGUUGGGGAUGCGCUGCGCUUGGGUGUGGCCUGAUCCGCGUGGAGGAUUUGGCGACCUGA